CAGUAUUCUGGCCAAAGGUGGGCAGAGACUGGCAAAUGGCAGCAGAUUUGAGGAAACAGCCGAUAAUCCCACAGGAAACAGUGAGCACUGGUUUAAGGGCAGUUGUGGUCAGAAGUUCAGUAAGUUGUUUAUUUAGUAAAGCUGGCAGUGCCAUGUAAGGAUGUGGUGGAUGAGGCUUGAAAGGAAAAUGCUUAGGUGUACUGUGGCUGUGCAGCAGGACUGGAAAGAUGAAGCGUGCCGCAUGGAGGUUGGAUGCAGAGCUCAAGAGUAUAACUUUGUGGCUCAAGUAAGUGAAUUAGGGAUUUGUGGGUAGUACAGCAGAGUCUGUGGCAGCAGUGGGAGGUAGUAAGUGAAUAUCACUUACGAAAAAGCAAACAUGGGCUGAGUGCUGAAUUUGCACUUGAUGGCCCCAGUGACAACUGCCUGCAGCUGAUUUCAGCAUUAACUCUGACAAACCCACUGCGCUCUACCUGCUCAGCACCAAACAGCAGAAGUUAGCCUCUAGUUGGUGAACAUAGUGGAGCACUUAGCAGCUAAAGAGCAAGAUAUCUUUCCCUGGCGCUAGAGACCAAAAACAGAGCUAACAAUAUUGGACUAACACCCCCUAAGGGAAUAGUAAUGACUUCAUAUGAAUGGACAUUCGCCAUAUCAACUUCAUAAGGUGAUGAUAUGUCAAUGUUGUUGCACUGCCUCAAGUGGGCGAAAAAUCAAACAAUGCAGUUUUAAGAUCUUGUCUGAUUAAACCAUAAGUAUUUAAAUGAUUUUUCUCUGUCUUAGAUUUAUUGUUUAGUGUUGUCCAUUAUUUUGACAUUUAGCUGCCGUUUCUUCUAGUUUCAGUUUUUUUUACCCUACCUUUCGUAAUAAGAUUUGAAUUACCGUGCUUAUCUGUGCUUCACUUGUGCCUUGACCUAAGUGCAAUAUGCAGACAGUAUUGUUUACACCAAGGCAGCUUAUACAGUAUGUGCACACUCCUCUGUACUAAUGCCUAUCCUGGAGACAGCCAGGCUUCUACAAAAUGCACAGCUCAGUUGAUGAAAAAUCGAAAUCAUAACCUGUCCUGCUGUAAAAUAAAACUGUUGAGUCACAAAAGCUAACCAAAAAUAACUAGCAACGAUCAAAUUAAUAUGCAAAAUGUUUGAAAAUGAAACAAAUGAUUACAGUGUGAAUGUAUGCAUGGACUUCCUGCUGUCAUGCUUGAGUCAUACACAUUCAUACAAAGCUUAAUCAGAUCACUUUCAUAUAACAUUUAGGGUCAACUUUACCUCAAUGCACAAAUGCGGCUUUUUUGCAUGUAUAUACAAUGCUUGAAUAAUUUAUUGUUUGAGAAUAAAUUCAUAAUUAAUACAAUGAGUGGGAUAGUUUUGUGAUUGAAGUCUAUGGAGAGGGGAUGGGCCAGAAUAAAUGGCAGCCAAACAUCUCGAUAAUGGAAAAAACGUCUGAGGAAUUAACCGUCUCAAAUGCUUGCAUUGUCCUUUUUCUUUUUCUCUGCAAUACAAAGCAUGUUUUUCCUUUUCCCUUUUCCCUGUAGGUGCACAAUUGGAACUUGGUACAGCUGCAUAAUGGGUUACAGAGCAACAUCCAUGCAUUGUGUCUUAAGAUGCCUGUGCUUCAUGCUUCUCCAUUUGUUUAGUGCAGCUCAAGAUGAAGACAUAAGAAGUUGUAGGACCGCACCAUGUGAUUUGGUCUUUAUUCUAGACGGCUCGUGGAGUGUUGAAGAUGUCAAUUUUGAAAUAGUAAAGCGUUGGCUUGUCAACAUAACAACAAGCUUCAAUAUUGGACAGAAGUUUACCCAGGCUGGAGUCGUCCAAUACAGCAGUGAACCCGUUUUAGAAAUACCUCUGGGGAAGCAUUUCUCUACCAAAGACCUCAUCAAAGCGAUGGAGUCCAUUGAGUACAUGGGGGGAAACACUAACACAGGGACAGCCAUUGAGUUUGCAACAGACAAACUGUUUGGCCUGUCCGAGCGCGGCCCGUCAGGCAUUUCCAGAAUUGCUGUUGUCCUCACAGACGGGAAGUCUCAAGAUGAUGUUUUGAAAGCGGCCGAGGCAGCGCGGAAAAAAGGAAUAAUUCUGUUUGCAAUCGGUGUUGGGCCAGAGACAGAAGUGUCCCAGUUGCAAGACAUUGCAAACAAGCCAUUUUCAACGUAUGUCUUCUCUGUUGAGGACUACAAAGGCAUUUCCAGGAUCAUACAGGUCAUACGACAGAAACUCUGUGAAGAGACUGUUUGUCCAGCAAGAAUUCCCAUAGAUUCCCGCGAUGAGAAGGGUUUUGAUAUUCUGUUACAUUUAAAUUUGGCUAAAAAAGCAAAGAAGAUACAAGGGACAUAUUAUGGCACUAAGGCCUAUGAGGUGACAUCUCGUCUCGACUUGAGUGAAGCUACCCGGACCCUUUUUCCUGAUGGCCUGCCUCCGUCAUAUGUUUUUGUGGCCACGCUGAGGUAUAAAGGAUCAGUGGUGAUAGAGGAGUGGGACGUGUGGAGAAUACAGACGCGUGAUGGGAAACCUCAGAUGGCGGUCACUCUAAAUGGAGUGGAGAGCACCGUCAAGUUCACCACAACCAGUGAGGCAUCUAGUGGAACUCAAACGGUUACAUUUGCACAGCAAACAGCAAGGAAGCUGUUUGAUGAGAAAUGGCACCAGCUGCGGCUGCUGGUCACUGAGGAGGAUGUUACUCUUUAUGUCGAUGACCUGGAGAUUGAAACCCGACCCUUGGAGCCCCCUGUCGGUAUUUUCAUCAACGGCAAAACCCAAGUUGGAAAAUAUGUCCGAAAGGAAACAACAGUGCCAUUUGAAAUCCAGAAACUUCGCAUUUACUGUGACCCCGAGCAGAGUAACCGCGAGACUGCGUGUGAAAUACCUGGAGUUUGCUCCAACAGUCCUGAUUACACCGAACCAACUCCAGAACCUUGUGUUUGUCCUCCUGGAGCCCCUGGACGUUCAGGAAUAAAGGGAGACCAAGGAAACACCGGCAAACCUGGUCAGCCUGGACCUGCUGGUGCUGAUGGUAAGCCUGGUAUCCCUGGCAUUAGAGCAAGUCCAGGGCUGCCAGGUCCACCAGGAGUAGAGGGUCCACGUGGGUCAGUUGGAUACAAAGGCGAGCCAGGGAGGCCUGGUGUUUUGGGUGAGAGAGGUGCGCCUGGAUUACCAGGAUCGCCUGGAAAACCAGCAGAGAAGGUGGGCUCAAUAGGAUCCACAGGAAUUGCAGGGUUACCGGGGAAAGCCGGUCAAGCGGGAGAAAAUGGAAAUGUGGGACCUCCUGGGCCACCAGGUUAUCCAGGAGACCCAGGCCUAAAUGGGAGAAAUGGAAAUGUUGGAUUUCCUGGAAGACCUGGUCAAAAGGGAGAAGCCGGGGACAGUGGCAUUCCUGGUGUUGAUGGAAGGGAAGGCCAUCCUGGUAUGCCUGGAUUGCCAGGAAUUGCAGGCCUGAAUGGACAAAAGGGGGAAGCUGGUUUGCCUGGAUCCAGAGGCUUCACAGGAUCAACUGGACCAUCUGGUGAAAUGGGUUUACCUGGUGCACCUGGUUUAAAAGGAUCAAUUGGACCCAAGGGGAACAAAGCUGAAAGUGGAAGUCCGGGUAUACAAGGAACACCAGGGCCUGCGGGGAGUGGAGGAGAACCAGGGAGAGCAGGUCAGCCGGGGCACACAGGCAUGCCAGGCCUGAAGGGAAGCAAGGGACAAAGAGGAAAUCCCGCUGAAAGAGGAGAGACGGGAAUGAAAGGUGAAAAAGGAGAGCACGGUCGGCAAGGGGAACACGGCUCCACUGGUCAAAUUGGACUAAACGGAGAGAAAGGAACAGCAGGGGAUGCGGGGCAGAGAGGUCAAGAGGGACAAAUGGGUAGGCCCGGACAGUCGGGUCAGUCAGGCCCACCUGGCCCCAGAGGGCUGCAGGGGGACAGUGGUCUACCUGGCCCACCUGGACCUGAAGGAAGACCUACCAGUCAAGUGGCGGACAGUCACAUUCGGCAGAUCUGCAGAGAUAUGCUUCAGUCUGAGCUGCAUUUAUUGUUGCUGAGCAACCAGCAGAGUAGCUGUACCACGUGUCAAAGCCGGCCUGGAUCUCCUGGUCCUCCAGGUCCAACUGGGCUCCAGGGACUCAGGGGUCCUCCUGGACUUGGUGGAUCCAGGGGACAGCCGGGCCGCCCUGGUCGGCCAGGGCACCCUGGUAUUAAUGGGCUGAAAGGAGAACCAGGUUUCAUGGGUGAGAAGGGGAUCCCUGGCCGGACCACCAUUGGAGACCAGGGGCCACCUGGUCCUAUGGGUCCCCAAGGGUACAGUAAGCCAGGUCCUACAGGUAGGCCUGGACCCCCUGGUCUAAACGGAGCAGAGGGUAAAAGUGGUAAUCCUGGCAUCCCUGGUCAGCCUGGGGUGUGUGAUCCAUCCAUGUGCUACAGUAGGAUUAUGAGGCGGGAUCCUUACAGCAAAGGGCCAAACUAUUGACGUAGUGGAGCGUCACUGCAGGCACCAGUCUAGAGCUGAUCUGGAACAAACGGACAUUCUCAGGAAGAUCUCAUCUUUACAGUCUCGCUCUGUCGUGGAAACAAAACGGACCUCCUCUAUCACCAAUUAUGUGAUCUUAGACAGUCAACAGAACUAGAUCCUAUCACAUUUUACUAUGUUUGUAUUUUGUAUCAUUAUUCACACGUCUUUGGACAUGCUUUGAGGUUUUAAUGGUGCUACGAUAAUUAAUACUAUGCUCCAUUUAAUACCUCUCAUCUGAGCACCUCGUACUCAUGUACUUCAUGUGUGUCUGGAUCUCUCUCUGGGCAGUGUGGCUGGUGCAUUUUCCCAUAUUGCCCCGUGGUGUUGCUUCAUUGCAUGUCACUCUCUAAAUUUCCCCCUCACAUUGGAUUAGUGCUAUAUCUUCUGUUAAAAACACACACACAUUCUAUUAUCUAUAAAUGAAAUGUUGAAUGAAUUGUUUCACGAUAAAUGAUGUGUGAAAGACUGUGAUUUCCUGUAGCUGAUUGUGACCUGCUGUAAGCCUGUUCCUGAAGCAUUUAGUUUGACUGUUAAGCUCUUAACUCUUAUGAAAACAUUUUAAAACAGAUAAUAUUGUGUAUCACCCAAGAUAAAUGAAUACUUUCCCUCCUAUCACAAUCAUUCAAUCACAUACCAUUUUACUUCAAGUAGGAAGCAACAUGUUUAAAGUUUCACUGUCUAAGAACAUGCUGAGAUUUCACUUUGAAAUAUGUCAUUUAUGUUCUCAAGGCUUUCCUUUCAUUACUGUAGCAGGUAUUUUAUGUUAUUUAUAAAAGAGUCAUAACUGUGUAUUUCAGCCGUGACAUGUCUUAAACAGCUUUUGUAAUUUUAUUAUUUUGUUAAAAGGUGACUUUUGUAUGAAUCUUUCUCUCUUUGUUUUACUAGAAUUAAAAUAUCUUAAUGAUUUGUGAACGUAGUUUGGUCUGUGCUUUGGGCUUUAAGUUUCAGGGUUAUUACAGGAGUUCAUCACAUCAUCGAUCGAAUCUUUCUCCUCGAUUUAAAA